AUGCGUGCUGUUUCCGUUCUGCUUGGCCUCGCCGCCUCGGCCCUCGCCGCUCCCUCCCUGACGCCUCGCGACGGCGACCAGUUCAAGGAAGGCCAGCCCAUCAGCAAGGACGGCAAAGGCGGCCGCAUAUUAGGCGGCACCAACAAGGCGCUCGACCUGCAAAACCCCGACAACCUGGGCCAGCAGUCGACCGACGCCGGCACCGUGCCCAACCUGAAAUGGAGCUUCUCCGACUCCAAGACGCGCAUCCUCAAGGGCGGCUGGGUGCGCGAGCAGGUCGUCACCGACCUGCCCGCGAGCCACGACAUUACCGGCGCGCAGCAGCACCUGAGCAAGGGCGCGAUCCGCGAGCUUCACUGGCACAAAGUGGCUGAAUGGGGCAUCGUCUACAACGGCCGCAUCACCAUUUCCGCCGUCGACGAAAACGGCGUCUUCCAGGCCACCGAGAUUGGCUACGGCGACGUCUGGUACUUUCCCCCGGGCGUCGCGCAUACGGUGCAGGGUCUGGACGACGAGAACGAGUUUCUCCUCAUCUUUGACGAGACCGACUUCGACAAGAUUGGAACGACCUUCAACCUCGACGACUGGGUCGCGCACACGCCCAAGGACAUCCUCGCCAAGAACUUUGGCGUCCCCGAGUCCACCUUCAAGGACGUCCCCGCGACGAACCCUUACAUCCUCAACGCCACCGUCGCGACCAAAAACGUCACCGGCGCCGUCACGCCCGAGGCCAAGGGCGACGCCUCGUUUGUGUACCGCACCCUGCAGCACCCGCCCGAGAAGAUUGGCGGCAGCGGCGGCACGCUCUACAAGAUUGACUCGACCAACUUUCCCAUUGCAAAGGAGAUUGCCGCCACGUUUGUGACGCUCAAGCCGGGCGGUCUACGCGAGCUCCACUGGCACCCCAAUGCCGAGGAGUGGCUGUACUUUCACAAGGGCCAGGCUAGAGCCAGCGCUUUCAUCGGCAACGGCGCUGCUCGCACGUUUGACUUUUCCGCCGGCGACACGGCCGUCUUCCCGACCAACUCUGGACAUUACAUUGAGAACACAUCCAAGGACGAGGAUCUUGUGUGGAUCGAAAUCUACAAGUCGGACCGUGUGGCCGACAUUUCCCUCUCACAGUGGCUGGCCCUCACACCGCCCGAGAUUGCCGCGCAGACGCUCAAGGUCCCUGUGGACUUUAUCGAGAAGAUCAAGCGGGAGAAGCAGUUCCUGAUCGAGUAA